AUGAUUCUGCUCGUUGUAUCCAGCAGCACACUUUGUUGCGAUCCUGUCUGUGACAGGAUCACACCACGAUUAGGUGUAAAUGCGGUAUCCCUGCUCUUCGCACAACAAAUUUUUGACUGCAGAACGGGCAAAGUGAAGAGCGCCGUACUCAGACCACAUAAAAACACAGCGUUCAACACGAAUUCAUUCGAUUUCUUCUUCAGCGAGAAAAGCAGCCGUCACAUUAAAGGCACUUGGCAGCACUGCUUGAGCAUAGCCCCCAUUUUUACACAUGCUCACGCUCCUUGUACCCCUAGAAAGCGCACUCUCUAUGGACGUAGCCGUUGCCAUCCCCUAACUUAA